AUGGAGGAACCUACCUUCGAACCUGAUCUAAUCCAUUCCAUCAUGAAGCGUAUUUGGACAUUGCGAACUCUUGAACGUGAAAAUGUUGCAACCAACGAUGCUGCUUUGGACUCCGAGGUAGGAGCCGGAUCGUCAAAGAAGAAUCGGACAACUUCUGGUAUUUAUGUCAUUAUCAUUCUGUUAACAAAUUUCUUAUUUGCUAAUGCUAGUGCUCUGAAGCUUACCUGUGAACUUCUCCGGAUUUUUGUCACAGAGGCUGUUCAGCGUGCUGUUGCUAUUGCAGAGACUGAGGGUGAUGGUCAAAUAGAAGCUACUCAUUUAGAGAGUAUUCUUCCUCAAUUACUUUUAGAUUUCUAA